AUGCUGUGGUCUGGCGUGGGGCUUGGGGGAGAGGGGGGAGGGGAGGAGGGGGAAGAUAAGGGGGAGGAGGGGGAAGAUACGGGGGAGGAGGGGGAAGAUACGGGGGAGGAGGUGGGGGAAGAUGUGGGGGAGGAGGUGGGGGAAGAUGUGGGGGAGGAGGUGGGGGAGGAUGUGGGGCAGGCGGAGGUAGGGGGAGAUGUAGGGGGAGCGGUGGUGGGGGGAUGUGUAGGGGGAGAGGUUGGCGGAAAGGUAGGUGAAGAGGAGGGGGAUGAGGUGGGGAAAGAGGGGACGGAGAGGAAGGAGGGGAGUACAGGGGAUGAGAGGAGAGAGACGGAGAGGCGAGAUGAGGAGGGGAGAGAGGAGGAGGGGAGGCAGGAGAGAGAGGAGGAAGGACAAAAGGAGGGGCGAGAGGAGGGGAGGCAAGAGGAUGGGAGAGGGGAGAAGGAAGUUAGGGAAGGGCGGGAUAUGAGGGAGGUUGGAGUGGAGAGGGAGGGAGGCGGAGGGAGGGAGGAGGAGGUACAGGAGAGAGAGGGAGGUGGUGCUGAGGGGCGGCGUGAUUGUGGCAGGGAGGAAAGUGCUAAUAACGAGGGUAAUGAGGAGAAUGAAAAGAGUGAGAAGCGUGAGAAUUGCAAUAAUAAUGAGAAAAAUGAGGGAAAUGAGAAGGACGAUAAUAAUGAGAAGAACGAGGAUAAGGAGAAGAACGAGAAUAAUGAGGACAAGGAGAAGAAUGAGAAUAAGGAGUUGAGGGAGGAUGAGGAUGUUGUGGAAGUGACUGAAACGGGAAGGGGAAAGGGUGGUAAGGGAGGAGGGGAGGUGGGUGAUGGUAGAGAGGCGAUGGAAGGGGAGGGUAUGGGGCGUGACUGUGACGAGUGUGAUGUUGAGGAGUGUGAGAUUGUGGAGAGGAGUGAGGAGAGGGUUGGUGAUGGGAGGGAUGGUGAGAGGAGGGAUGUUGGAGAGAGAAGGGAUAGGCGAGGGGCUGGUGGAGGGAGAAGAGGGCGAGUGGGAGAGAAGGACAGGAUCGGAAGGGAGAAGGGGGGCACGAGGAGGGGAGAAAAGGAGGGAAAGAGGAGUCGGAGAGGAAGAGAGAAGGCGAGGGGGAAUGAGGAGGAGAGAGAGGAGCGAGGGGAGAGGGAGAAGGAAGAGGGGGAAGAGGUGGAGGAGGUUGAGUUGGUAGAGGAAGAGGAGAAGGAGGAGGAAGAAGAGGUGAGGGGCAGAAAGAGGGGACGAAAACGGAGUAAGCACGAGGAGAGGGAGAAAGAGAGGGAUGUAGGUGGGAAGGAGGAUGAGGAGGAGGAGGCGGAGGAGGAGGAAGUGGAGGAGGUAAAGGUGGAAGAUAGACAGGAGGACAAGAGCAACAGGAACAAGAGGAAGCGCAAGGAGAGGCAGGGGGGAGAAAAGAAGAAGGAGGGGGGAAAGAGGUCAAAGUAUCAGAAAGAAGCGGCUAAAGAGGAGAAGGAUUCGGGAGAGGAUGAGGAGGAGGAGGAGGAGAGUGAGGAGGAGGACGGGGAGCGGGGCAGGGGUGGAAGGAGAUACAAGCAGAAGGAGAAGCGGUAUGAGUGUGGGCAGUGCGGCAUGGCGUUCACUCGGCCGGCGUAUGUGCGACAACACAUGGCCUCCCACUCCAACCAGUUCCCCUGCCCUCACCCGCAAUGCGCCAAAACGUUCAGCCUGCAUGCCAGUAUGCAGCGGCAUGUGAGGGAGCAGCACUGGGAGGAGGAAGGGAUCAGAGACCGGCUUGAUCGCGUGAACAGAGAGACCAAGGGGAAGCAGCAGGAGGAGGGGGGGAUUGGGGACCGGUUGUGUAGAGUGAAGAGAGAGAGUAAGGGAGGUGGGGGCGGGCGUAAGGUCCAGGAGAAGGGGGAGAAAUCGCAGGAAACGGCACAAGAACAAGCACAGGAAAAAGCACAUGAGAAAGCACAGGAGAAAGAACAGGAGGAAGCACAGGAGAAAGCACAGGAGAAAGCACAGGAGAAAGAACAGGAGAAAGCACAGGAGAAAGAACAGGAGACAGCACAGGAGAAAGAACAGGAGAAAGCACAGGAGAAAACGCAAGAGAAAGCACGGGAGAAAACACAAGAGAAAGCACGGGAGAAAACACAAGAGAAAGCACGGGAGAAAGCAACAGAAACAACAGGACGGCAAAGAGGAGGGGAGAAGGAGGAUAGAAGAGGGGAGGAGGAGAGGCAAAGAGGCAAAGAGCGGAUAAGAGGGGAGGAGGAGGAGAAGAGAGGAGGGGAGGAGGUGUGGAGAGGUGGGGUUGAGAGGAGAAGAGGGGCAGAUGAGAAAAUAGGAGUACAGGAGGAGGAAAGAAGAGGAGGGGAAGAGGAGAGGAGAGAAGGCGAGCAGGAGAAGAGAGAGGGCGAGGAGGGGGCUGGAAUGGGUUUGUGUGCGAUGGAGAGUGGUGAGAAGCGGUUUGACACUCAAAUGUGCGAUGCUGAAUUGUUUGAUGCUGCUGAAGCAGACAGGCAAGAAUUUGCUGACGUGGAGGAUAACAGAGAGAUCCUUGCGAUCAAUGGGAGAGAAGGGGCAGUGCAAGGGAUGCAUGGCCACCUGCAGCAACAAAAGCAGCACCUGAAGAAACACCUGGAGGUGGAUGAGGAUCACCUGAAAAAACACCUGAAGGAGAAGGAUCAGCCUGGUAUGGAGGUGAAAAACCACCUGAAGCAACAGAAGGAACUCCUGAGGGCGAUGAGGGAGCACCUGAGGAGGAAGGAGAUUCUCCUGAAGGAGGAGGAGGAUUUUCUGAGGCGGCAGCAGGAGCACCUGAGACAACAGAGGGAGCACCUGAAACAACAGAACGAGGACCUGAGGCAACGGGAAGAGCAACUAGCAAGGCAAGAGCAGCACCUGGGGGAAUACCUGAGGGGGGAGCACGUGGGGGGGAAUGGGUUGCUACUGCUGCAGGAUGAAGUAUGCUUAAGCUUCGGUGCCGCUAUCGGGACGACUGGUGGUGCUGUGGCAGGAGCUGAUGCUGAUGUGGCAGCAACUGUCGGUGAUGGAGAUGUGGCUGUUUGUGAUGUGGCAGGUGCCGAUGGUGACGUGGCAGGUGCUGAUGGUGACGUGGCAGCAAUUGGUGGUGAGGUAACUGCAACUGAUGCUGAUGCCAUGGCGGGCGUUGGUACAAGUGGGGACAGUGAGGGCGCUGGUGGGGGAAGCGGAGGGGGAAUUGGUGAGAGGGAGAAGGGGAGCGGGGGGGAAGAUGGGGGGGAGAUGGUGCGAGGAGAAGAGGGAAGGGGAGGUGGCCAGCAGGAGGUGGAGACUGGUGGAGGAGCCGUGGCGUCAGCAGUGGCAUCAGGCGGGGCUGUUAAAGCACCUCAAAAGAUGGUGCGAGGCGAAGAGAGAAGGGGCGAUGGUCAGGAAGAGGUGGAGGUUGGUGGGGAAGCCGUGGCGUCAGCAGUGGCGUCAGCGGGGGUAAAGAAGUACAAGCAGGCUGGGAUGAUGAGCUGGAAGCGCAGGAGGUGGUGUGAUAAGGACAUGGCAAGAGAUAAGGAUGGGGUGGAAGGCAAGAUGAAUGUGGCAGGGAAGCGAUUGAAAGACGCUGGAAGGGACGGGCAGUUAAACGAGGUGACUUUUGAGUCGACUCAUAAGGAUGGGGUGGAGGGCAAGACGAGUAUGGCAGGGAAGCGAUUGAACGACACUGGAAGAGACGUGCAGUUAAGGGAGAGGAGAAAAGAAGCGUUGGGAGAAGGGAAGUCUAGAGACAGACCAUGUGACGCCACUGAAGCAAGGCAGGGAGAACUAGAAGGAGGAACGUCAACAGGAAGCGAGGAAGAUGAAGAAGACUUGUCGUCAGCAUCGAGUGACGAGGGCGCAGCAGAAGCAGCAGCAGGAGGAGCAGUGGCGGAUGGCACGGCGGGCACAGCAGAGGGAGCAGACGGAACAGCGGCAGCAGGGGACGGCACAGCAGAGGGAGCGGACGGGGCCAUAUGUGGCUUCUGCUUUGCUGCAUUCCCGUCCCUCUCUGCCUUGGAGCAACACACGCAGCAGCAGCACCGCUCCGUGCCCUGCCCACAGUGCAACAAGCAGAUCUCUUUCUCGCGCUUCAAGGAGCAGCAUGAGGUGGAAAAACGACCAUCCCACCCGUGCAAGGUGGAUGGGUGCAGCAAGGCGUUCAGCUCUCCCAGCAACCUGAGGACGCACAUCAGGGCAUGUCACCAGAAGGACCGUCCCUUUGUUUGCUCCGUCCCAGGCUGCUCCCAGCGCUUCGCGUACAAAGUGAACCUCUUGCGGCAUAUUGCAGCCAUACAUGAGAUAACGCCCGCACAGAAUGUGGUGGAGAGGGAUGAGGCGAUGCACAAGAGGCAGAGGCUUACAGGGAGACCGCCUUGUUCUGAUGGAGCAGCGUUUGUCAGUGAUACGCUGCGAGCUGUACGUACAGAGCGUGAAAACGACAUCACAGAUGUAGGAGAUCAUUAA